UCCACAUUUCGCUUUCUCCAGCUGCUUCUCUCACAAUCUUCACUGAAGUCCACUCUGUACGCACUGUGGCCAGGGACAAUGAUGGAGUGUGAUUUUGCUAAUAACCCAUGUACUUCAACUCCACCGUCACCUUCAUCACCACCGUCGCCGGCGCUGCUACCAUUUUCUGCACCCGCAACCCCUCAAAGAAUAUCAGGAAAUGAGUGUUUUAGUUGUAGAAGGAAAGGCCAUUGGGCCAAAGAAUGCCCCAACAAAACGCCCAAGAAGUCACAGCCCUUCAGCCCUGGAUCAAAUUCCACGAAUGGUUCUGGUUUGCCACCGAUUCGUUGUCCUUGUGGUCGAGGCACUUGCCAAAUUCUCACCUCCAAAACGGAGAAAAAUCCUGAGAGGAAGUUCUAUAGGUGCCCUGGUGAUAGAUCAACGGUUGAUGGCUACUGUAACUUCUUUAAAUGGUGCGAUGAAUUAAGUGAUAGAGCUCCUAUGUGCCCUUGUGGUGUUGGAUUUUGUAGUCUAAAUCUUAGCAGAGAAUCCACAGGGCCAAAUGGAGAAAAUUGGUACUUUGCUUGCAGGAUUAAAAAGAAUCACGGAGCUUGUAGUUUUUUCCAAUGGGUAGAUUCUGAAGUGAAUGCAAUGAUGCGAAAGUAUGUGGGUAAAAGCAAUGGGUCUAACAGUGCAAUUAAUGACUUGGACAAUAAAGAAUUCAGUUCUAAGAUAGUGCCAGAGUCACCUAUUGUAGAAGGUGCUGAAAAUGCCUCAAAUAUGCCAAUCAUUGUUAUACCUUCAGAGCAAGAUGAAAUGCACAAUUGGGAACUUGUCAUGCAAGAUGUGGAGUCAGAGGUUCCACUGCAAGUUUUCCAACGUAUGCGUCAAUCGAAGUCUUAUUUCCUGAAAGAGUUAGCAAGGCAAAUUUCUGUUGCAGGGAAUACCAUAACUCAGGAUUUUAUUUAUCAGGUUUUACAUCUACAUGUCUAUGAUUGGUUGGAUCGUCAUGCUUUCCCUCCUGUUGUGCCUAUCGUUUGUUAUAUUUGCCCUUCCUUAGAUGACGAUGUAAAUACGUCUGAAAAUGAAGGAUCAUUUGUCUUACUAGGUAGUGAUGAAACUGAUACGCCACUAUCUCUUACUCCUGGGCAGGAUGUUCAGCUUGUAGGUGGUGUUAUUCAAGAGGCUUCAGGGCUUAAUGAGCCUUUUGGUAUAACACAAGACGAAGCAAAAUCUAUCUUAAAGGAAUAUGGGCAAGCUCUUCUUAAUACUCUUGAGUCUAUGAAUCCACACCGUCAUGGAGCAAUGGUAAAGUUGGCAGAAGCUACUUUUAAAACCUUACAGAAUCUGUCCAUUGAAUGUGGCCCCUUUGGAGAGAGGGUGAAGGAAUAUAUUCACAAUAUGUCAAGGCUUGAGACAAUUGAAGGGUCCCUGUGCAAAGGCCUCUCCUCUCAUGAACUAAUCAAGCUUUUGGACAGUGAGAAAGUUCAGUUUGAUAAUGUUUCACGACUCCAUGCUGAGGCAGUGACUGCUUACAGUGCUUCCAGUAAUCAUCUUCAGUCACUUGAGGAAGAAAUAUCACUUGUCAAGGCCAUGCUUCUUCAACUUGAGAAACAACUGUCUUCUUGUGAAGCAGAGACAUUGGUCCUCAAAACACAUGUUGAUGAAGUUUCUAAGGAAAUGUUGGAGUCAAAGAGCAGCAUGGAGGCUGCAUAUGAUAAGUUGGCAGAAGCCUUAGAACUGGAACGCCAGAGAGACUCGGUGCGUGGUGCUGCGAAGGUGGCAUUGGAGACUGCAAGGGUUUGGCUGGAACAAUGAUAUAUUAAAACUCAGUGUGGAUGUAGAAUCAGACUAUCUGUAGUUAAUUUGUAAAAUAAGUGCGUAUGUUAAGGUUAUUUCUUAAAGGAAACCCGUUAGCUGGUCCUAGUUUAUGUAGAAUAUAUUCAUAUAUUAUGUAAAUUAUGCUGUUAUGGCGUGAAUUACAGAGUUUGUGCA